UAGUAGCUAGCCACCACCAUAAAUUGGACCAACCAACCUAGCUAGCUAGAGCUUGCAAGCACACAAACCCAUUUUACUGACAUAGCAAUAACAGAAGCAAGCAAGCAACCAUGAUGAGCAGCAGCAGAGACCAACGGCGACAGGCCCUGAUGCACCUUAGGUCCAGCGAAACCAGCAGCAAUAGUAGCGCCAUGGACGAGAGCACCGCGAGCAGCCUGAGCUAUAGCAAGAGCAAGCGUGCGUCCUUACUCUCCGACGGCACGGAAACAACGGCGUAUUCCGAAGACGCCUCGUUUUCGUACUCGAGCAGCAUGCACCGUGGCCACGACGAUAUCGAUAAUGACAAUGACAAUGACAACGAUGGCGCUGGUAGUGAGUACAGCGAAGCGCUUUCGGAUCUCGACGACCUUGACGACCUCGAAGUCGAGCUCCUGGACUUUGAUAAACGCCACCGAUGUCGUGGAGUCACGGCAAUGCGCGCGAGUACCGGGAGUCGACCUCGUCCACGACCGCGCAAAGUGAAGAACCGCAGAGCUUCCGCUCCGAUUGUUAGUGCGGCUGUCCGGGCGUUAGCUAGCAAUGCUCAACCGCGCAAUGCUAGCAUGCCCAUGGUAUCUUCCGCGAUCCUCCAAGAGCGAAUGGACAAGGCAGCUCAGAACUCGUACUUUCAGUCCCCUGAUGCACACGUCCAGCCAGACCAAGCAGCAGGAGGGCCAAAGUCACCCGAAGAAUACCUAACUCAAGAUCUAUUGCAAGGCAUUGCCAUUACCGCACUCCAAGAAGAACACUUUGAUCCCGUCACUGACGAGAGGAUCGAAGCUCACAAGAUGGCCGUGUCCUCUGCCAUCCGGGCUGCGGACCUAGACAGGCUCCAGGAACUACUCCAAGAUGGAAUCUCAUUGGGGGGGUGCAACCCCCAAGGAGAAAGCAUGAUGCAUCUAGCUUGCCGCUUGAACAAUGCCGACGUUGUCAAGUUCCUCAUCAACGAAGCCAAGGUUUCCAUUCUCGUGCAGGAUGACGCGGGCAGAACUCCACUCCACGAUGCCGCAUGGACCACCAAGCCAAACUUUGAACUGGUACAACUCAUCGUCGAAGAAGCUCCCGAGUUGCUCUUUGUCAAGGACAAGCGAUCGUUUUCGGCUCUGCGGUACAUACCAAAGGCUGCUUGGAAGCAAUGGCGCUCCUUCUUCGAUGAGCACCAAGACCAAAUACGGCGUCUCGUCACGAACAUUAGUGUCCACAAGGCACACCGAAAAAUUGAUGAUGCACAAGAACGAAUGAAAAAACUCAUGGAGAAAAUGGCUUUGUGAACUUGAUCAGCCAUGAAUUGAAUUCAUCCUCCCUCCUGUAUGUGUGUAUAUGUACGUAUAAACUUCCUGCUUCCUAUCCUGAUAAACUAAGCCAUUGCAGUACACUAUUCAGUA